AUGACCGACAUAGCCAUCAAUCCAAGGAUCAGCUGUCGGUACUGCCCUCCAGGCAGCAAGGUGAUCUACGAUGGGGCCUCUGGGUCAGUUAUUUGCAUAGGCUGCGCAACAGUUCUGGAGGACCAUUGCUUUGAUGAAGGAAGGGAGUGGCGCGUGUUUGCUUCUGAAGGUGUCGAUUCUCAGGCCAACACUGGUCGAGAACGAGCUGAUGUCACCAGUACGAUUGAUCAAGGCACUAGUGAGGGUGGUGGCACGCUGAUUGUCGGUGCAGGCCCAAAGGCGCAACGCCUGCAGAUGAAGCUACGCUCCGCGCAGAAUGCCACCAAGCCGGAGCUAUCAGCAGAGCAAAAGGAAGAUAAAAGCAUACAGCACUUCACUGAAAAGGCUCGCGACGUUGCUCGUCGGCUUAGUCUGGGAGAGGAGAUUGUCAAUCGCUGCACCAUGCUGCUGCAGGAUUUGGCCGCCAAGAAGCUUCUCAAAAGCAGUUACCAGACGCCGUGGUAUUGCGCCUUGGUGGAGAUUGCUUGCGAGGAGGAGCCGUUUGUGCAGAAGACUGUGCAUGACUUUGCCUAUGCACACCGCCACCAGAUUGCCAGUAAGGUGGAAAUGCUGCAAUUGAAGCGUACAGAGGGAACAUUCGGAGCCGUGACUGCCACCUUUAACCAGGCUGCUGUUGUAAAAGAGCUCAAGGGUCAAGUCAUCAUAGGCAAGAUGCAGGUGACACUCACACCUAGCCAGGCCAAUAGCUUGUUGAUCCGAUGGCAGGGAGACCGUGAUGCCGUCACAGAGGAGAUGUUGGAGGAGUACUUCUCACAGCAACUCGAUGACCUCCACCAAAAGAAGUGCGUGGCGGCGAUCACCAAGCAGUAUGAUGCACUCUGUUGCGCCUUGGACCGUGCUAGAGCCCAUUACUUUGAGACAGAGGAUCUGUACAAAAGCUAUGUCCAAAGCUUGGGUCUCGCUGCAGAGGUGGUGAAACCUGCCAAGCACAUUGCGAGCAAAGCUGUGCAGAAACGACUUGUGAGGACUGCCAAGGACCUCAACGAGAGAUUCGUGGUCACUGGUGCAAUGGCUAGUGCCAUAUUUAUUGUGGCCUGGCUUUUGGAUGUGGAGAAGAAGCCAAGGCUGGAGGAUGUGGCAAAGGCAGCCAAAGUCAGUGAAGGCUAUGCGAAGGCGCGGAGUGGUUCCAAGGACUUGUGCCCUGGAUCCGUAUUGUGA